GCAUUUCAGAUGUUGAAAAAUGAUGUCCCAUUGCAACCCGCGGCGACUCCUGUGGGACGGAGAGGCGAGCUCGACGAAAUUGUUCUAGCUAACAACCGUCUCAAUCCCACAUUUCAAAAGGCUCCUCCAAAUUUCAUCGAGUCAGAUCUCAAACACCUAGAGAUCAUUUCUACAACACCGAAAACAGCAGUAAAACACAAUGCAGCGCACUCCGAACACUGUUGAGGAACAGCUUCUCUUAAAAUCAAUCAAGGAGGAGUGCCCUUGGGAGAAUCUCCCGAAACGGCUCCAAGCAACUCUUACUUCCAAAGAAGAAUGGCACAAGAGAGUUAUAGACCACUGCAUAAAAAAACGUCUCCAGUGGGACGCUUGUUUUGCCCGCAAAGUAUGCAAAGAAGCGGAAUAUUAUGAAGAGAUGAUGCGUUACUUGCGUAAGAAUCUAGCGCUAUUUCCUUAUCACCUUGGGGAGUAUGUGUGUCGAGUAAUGAGGGUCUCACCUUUCAGAUAUUACUGUGAGAUGAUAUUUGAGGUUAUGAAAAAUGAGCAACCAUACGACAGCAUCCCAAAUUUCAGUGCUGCAGAUGCCUUAAGACUUACAGGAAUAGGAAGAAAUGAGUUCAUUGACAUCAUGAACAAGUGUAGAUCCAAGAAAAUUAUGUGGAAGCUGAACAAAUCAAUUGCAAAAGAACUAUUACCUACACAGCCUGUAGACUUUCCAAUUGAACCCUGGUGGGGAGUUUGCCUUGUUAACUUUACAUUGGAAGAAUUUAAGAAACUAAGCGAAGAAGAAAUGGCUACCAUAGACAAAGUCUGUAAGGAGGAAGCAAAUUCAUUUGUUCUUUUUGAUCCAGAAGUUGUAAGGGGUCUUUUCCGACGAGGAUUGAUCUACUUUGAUGUCCCUGUUUAUCCCGAUGACAGAUUUAAAGUUUCCAGGCUGGAAGGGUUCGUUUCAAACAGAGAACAGUCCUAUGAAGACCCUAUUGAAGAGUUACUGUAUGCUGUUUUUGUCGUUUCAAGUGAGAAUGCAACUGUUGCUGAAUUGGCUGCAACAUUACAAGCUGAUCUUUCUCAGCUGCAGGCUGCAGCAUCAUUUGCUUGUCGGCUGGGUUGGGCUGUAAAAGUAAUUGAUCCUGCGUCUGUUCUUCAGGAAUCGAGCUUACCUGGCUCUCCUAGUAAUAUACUCAGUGAUGAUGAAGAUGGUUCUCAUGCAAGUGUAAACUCAGCAAACAUGUCUGCUGACAGCAAUGCUGUUCCACAAGGAGAGGGUCCUGGGCAAGAAAACCAGCGAGCAAGUUCUGGUCCUGCUCGUCUUGCUUUUGUUGUUGAUGCUAAUAUAACAUCCUAUCUGAUGAUGGGAUCACUUUCGCCAGGCUUAAAGUCACAUGCCGUGACACUAUAUGAAGCGGGAAAACUAGGAGAUGCUAGCAUUGCAGAACUUUGCAAGGAUCUGACUACAUUGGAAGGAAGCAAAUUUGAGGGAGAACUGCAGGAAUUUGCCAAUCAUGCAUUUAGUCUUCGAUGUGUACUGGAGUGCCUGCAAUCGGGUGGGGUAAGAACUGAUGUAACUGUUGAAGAAGCUCGUGGUACAAUGGAAGUGCCAUCUUCGGUCGCUGAUGAGGCUACUUCUCUAGUAGCUGAUAUCAGUAUAACUGGGGAAUCUGGUGACUCAGGCACACAUGAAGUACUUGGCAAUGAGUAUCCUUUGGAUUUAAUGCAAUCUGGCACGGCUCAGGCUGGUGAGACUCCCAUUGAAUCAUUUUCCGGAAGCAUUGGUCAUGAAUCUGCUCCAGCCACCUUCUCAGAAACUGCCGUGGGCUCAAAUGAAGAUAUCGAUCCUGCAAAUGAUUUCCAGGGUGAUGGGAAUUUGAUGUCCUUAGAUGGUCCAAACACUGGAAAAGGCAUUUUAAAGAGAAAAAGGCAGUAUCAUGUUAAUAUUCUUCGCUGUGAAAGCUUGGCUGCUCUUGCACCUGCAACCUUAGACCGGUUAUUUCAUCGCAACUAUGAUAUUGUUGUAUCUAUGGUUCCUCUUCCUUCUUCAUCAGUUUUACCUGGACCAACAGGACCUAUCCACUUUGGUCCACCCUCUUAUUCCUCCAUGACACCAUGGAUGAAACUGCUAUUGUAUUCAGAUGUGGGUAAUGGCCCCCUAUCAGUUGUUUUAAUGAAAGGACAAUGUUUGCGAUUGCUUCCUGCACCAUUGGCGGGUUGCAGAAAAGCCAUAAUAUGGUCCUGGGAUGGGUCGAUAGUGGGAGGAUUGGGGGGCAAGUUCGAAGGGAACUUGGUCAAUGGAAAUAUACUUUUACACUGUUUAAACUCGCUUCUCAAGUACUCGGCUGUGCUUGUGCAGCCCCUGAGCAAAUAUGAUCUUGAUGAGUUUGGAAGGACCAGCACAAUUGAUAUUCCAUUGCCCCUGAAUAAUUCUGAUGGUUCAGUUGCAGAUGUAGGGAAAGAGAUGGGACUAUCUACAGAGGAAAAUACGAAGUUAAAAAUGCUAUUGAAUGAUCUCUCAAAUAAGUUAGAAUUAUGGACAAUUGGCUAUAUUAGGCUAUUGAAGCUGCAUAAGGAAAGAGAAUCCGAUUACUUUUCCACUGACAAUGAAGAGUAUGAAUGGGUUCCUUUGAGUCUGGAAUUUGGGGUUCCACUUUUCAGUCCAAAAUUAUGCAGUCACAUUUGUGAGAGGGUGGUCUCAUCGCACUUACUUCAAAUGGAUUCACUUCACGAACAUCAUGAUGCAAUGCAUAGUUUAAGAAAAAAAUUGCGGGAAGUUUGUGCAGAGUACCAAGCAACAGGUCCUACUGCAAAGAUCUUAUACCAAAGGGAACAGGCAAAGGAACCAUCACAUCAGCUUAUGAACUAUGCUAGUGGAAGGUGGAAUCCAUUAGAACCUUCAACUCCAAUUUCUGGGACCUUAAGUGACCAUCAGAGGCUCAAACUUGCGAAUCGGCAGCGUUGUCGCACUGAAGUUUUAAGCUUUGAUGGUAGCAUUCUCAGGUCGUAUGCUCUCACUCCUGUAUAUGAGGCUGCAACAAGGCCCAUUGAAGAGUCAACCUCAACAGCACCAGUAAAACCCGAGUCAGAGGAUGCCGAUAGCAGAGAAGUUGUCCUGCCUGGGGUUAAUCUCAUCUUUGAUGGAUCCAGCUUGAGCCCAUUCGAUAUAGGUGCUUGUUUGCAGGCUCGUCAACCAGUCUCCUUAAUAGCAGAGGCAUCAGCAGCUUCCGCCUCCCAGCAGACUAGGUUGUGGUGAUUGGACAUUUUGUGAGGGUAGAUGUAGAAGUAAACAUGGUGGUGGGCCUGGUAACCAAAUAUUGGUUGCUGUCCAGCUGGUCUCACUGUCUACUGCAUGCUUGUUUGGUUCAGCCGCUUCCUCGGGGCAGGCUAACAAGUAAGGUGGUGUUAUGGAUUCAAUUCUUUGCUGCCCGAUGUUUAUUCAAAUUUCGUGCCAUGUGUUGAUCAUUGAGAUUUGUUUGUAAGUAAUCUGCAGCAGCACUCUUGCUGAGUUUCUCUGAAGCUUUGAAGAAAGCCCAUCUCCCUCGUAUGGGGGGAGUGCGCACACACCCAAGGAUGUUUACAGCCUUAAAUUGAAAUUCCAGAUUUUUGUGCUGU